UCCGUGUCGGUGAGACGUGCGCGUACCCAGCUCCUCGGUACUCGCACUCCGCUGCCCGGAUUUUAGGCGCAUUUAACAGUGUUUGUCACCCGUUCGGGAAUACCCUCUUUACUGACCGACAGCGUGUGUUGUGGUAACUGACGUCGUGGAGUUUCCCGCUCGGUGUAGUAGUUUUAAAGGGCGAACAGCGGUAGCCAGGAAUAUUGACGCGCUGUGAUUGUACAAGUGGUGUCGUUUUAAUACGUGGUGGUGACGUUGGGGGAGUGGUAAAAAGAAGUUUAUAAAUACAGUACGUAUAUACACACAGCUAGUGUUUCGUUGGAAGCGUUGUCGCAAGUUUCGUUAUACUCGCGGGCUUCACUGAUAUGCAACAAUAGCGAAGGAACUUGUUAUGGAACACCUUGACAGCAAGUAAUCCCAGAAUCGUUGUAAAAGUUUCAGGAUGAGAAGUGGGCGCGGGCAGGAGUGAGAGGAGGAGGAGGCAGGCAGGCAGGCGAGGCGAGGCGGCGAAGUCCACAGCAGAGCGUAGGCCAUGGCGAUGGAAGGCUACAGCGUGGCCUCCGAAGCGGUGGUGCAGCGUGUGUUCUGGGUGGACUGGUUCCAUAAAGUGCCGCACAUCAACCUCACGCUUCACUUCGUCAAUUCGACCUUUCAACCCUACUCGCCCGUGUACCAGGAGAGCCUUGGUAUCAUCGGUUCCGUUCCAGCAGGAAUAUUAAUCUUGACGUUGCUGGUCCUCCUGCUGUACCUGCUGACCCGAUGUUGCGACAAUCGGCCUCGCAAGCCGGGCUCCAUCACCUGUCUCAAGGUCACCCUUGUCCUCUUCGCCAUUUUAACCUUGGGAGCAUUGGGAGUGAGCAUAUGGGGAAACGAGGAGGUUCACGAAGGGAUGACGGAGGCCAUACGCUCCUUGGACAAUAUCAACAGCAUGGUGCACUCUCUCAGCAAUCAGACCAAGCUCUUUGACGAGACCAUUCGGAGGAACCUGCAGCCACAACUGAAUCUCUUCAAGGAAACCGUUCAAAGGCAAAAAUCCGAAAACCAGAGCGUGGACAUGUUCAUUCGAGAAUCGCUUCAUUAUAUGCAAGGCAACAUCUCCGAAGUUCUUCUCAUUAAUGUGGAGGACAUCAAUUCUAUGAUGUCAGGAGCCGAGAUGGGCGGCGUGGUGCACAUGCUGGGCGUUGGUGAACUGGCACGUUGGGUGGGCACCCAGGGCGUCACGGGCAUCCUCAUGAUCGUUGUGCUUGUGGUGAUGGUCGGGGUGGCCAAGCACUCCCGCUGCACGCUCAUAACAUUUUCUGUGUUGGGUCUGCUGGCUAUGAUCCUCUGCUGGGGUUUGACGUCACUCUAUUUGGUCUCCACUGUUGCUCUCUCAGAUUGGUGCAUGGAUCCCAAUCCAUUCCUGGAGAGUCAGCUUAGCAAGCUUGUGUCUCGAGAUGUGGCUGCUUACUACCUUCGCUGUGACCCAACACGUAAAUCACCAUUCACUCGCUACCUGACCCAUGCCAAGCAGGCAGCUGAACUUGUGAUGACAUCACUGAACAAGGUUACUACUCUGGCUGAUAGCAAUUACGAUCGUCAAGAGAUUCACCCUCGCUUGGACCACCUAGCUGCAUUUGUGAACCAGUCUCAGCGCAGUCUGGGCGGUGUAUCUGCCCUGCUUGAAUGCCAAUCUAUGCAUCACCAGUAUCGCACAGCCCUCAAUGCCACCUGCUACCAGGCUAUGUCAGGUGUUGUCUAUCUGUUACUGUCAGCUGCUGGAAGUGGGCUCCUGUUCACGAUCCUGGUCUGGUUCACCUCACACACCUGGAUCUACCUCAAUCACAAAGGCUCUACUGGGCCCACUUCUACACGGCCUGGCAGGAAGAACGUGCCAGCUGUCAGAGUUUGGCUCAACACUCCACCGUCUCACCCGGCGGCUAUUGUAGCUGAGCCAGGGACCUCAGAGGAACGUGACCCCUUCCUGCCUGGUCGUGGCUCAAGAGGAGGAACGUUGACUUCCCUUGGGGCUCCUGGAUACUCAAGGCCUCGUCACUCUCACACCCCACCUCAGACUCCACCAUUUCCAGGAACCUUAAAUGGACGUCACUUGUACCACAGCGAUGGGAUGGGGAGUAUAGGAGGAGGAAGUGGGUCGGCCCCUGCAACUGUAAGUACCAUGGGCCGUGGCGACAACCACCACCAUAACCACCACCACCACACACAUAGUCACAGUCAUAGUCAUUCAGUGGGUCCCAACCAAGGCCAGUAUGCUACUCUCUCCAAACAGUGCAAGACCCUCGAAUCAUCUGACUUCUACUAAAGGAUAUUGGCCACUUAACUAACAGCAUGGCUCUCUUCAUGGUAUUGUUGGACUCAGUAUUUUGCUGUAAUUUUAAGAUUGUCUUAGCACAUAAAACCUUAAUCUUCCAUGUGUAAAGAGAAAGAUCUGCUACAGGGAAGCAUGUGGAAAAGUACAAUGUCUUAAAAUGGAUUAUUUUUUUUUAUUUAUUUAUUUUUUUUUUGUGGAAGUGGUUUAGAGUUAUUGAGCAUCUGAUGAAAGAUGAAGUAACACCUUUGCCCUUUGAAGAGGAUAAUGCCAAAUAGAAGUUAAAAAAACACAAAGCCAAAAGAUGUUCACACUCUUGGAUAUUCCUCAGUCAUUGGUCAUUAGGUGUGAUACAUUCAUUGUUAAUACCCAUUGCUUCCAUGACUGCUAUAAGGGCAUGAAUUUGUUAAUGAAUACAUAAAUAUAUUUUCAACUUAUCUGCAUGUGUCCCUGAAAUAUUUCAAUACUGGAUGGUCUUACUUCUCAUCUGUGGUGUUAAUUCUCAGUAUAGGAGAAACCAGGCAUAUUUCUUCCCAAGGUUAUCUUUAUGUUUUGUAAAAGGAAACAUUAUGUUAGCUACAUUAGGGAUUUGUUUUGUUUUGUUGUAUUUAAAAAUUUAAUGCACUUAUAUGCUUAUACAUAUAUAUAUAUUUAUAUAUGCACACAAACAGACAUGGACUCAAACAUGAGCAUGCAGACAAAGACAGGCACACAAACACAUAGAAACAGAUAUAUGCAAACACACUGGCACUCAAUGCAUAAAUCUAUGUACUUAUAUGGAAAUACACAGAUUACAAACCUGCAUAUACACAUACACAUACAAACCUAUGUACUUAUAUGAAAAUGUACAUAUUGGUGAAAUUUUUAUACACUUUUUUUAAUAAAAAAGAUUUUUUGUAAAACUAUAUCAUAAUAUACGAAACACACACUUCUAUUUGAUAUAAAUACGUUUUUAAUAUGUUUACUAUAUUGGGAUAAAUAUAAUAACAUUUGUAUGUGGGUGACCAUAAGGAAUAACCAUUUAUUAUCUUAUUUGUCUGUCUUUCUAUGUACUGUAUAUGUACAUGCUUUCAUAUUUUACACAUGGGAUGGAAUAAACAUACACACAGGAACACAGAUUGUAUAAUAUGCACAAGCUUAGAAAUUUGAGUCCUAUCUCAAAGUUAAAAAAAAAAUUCUUGCUCAUUGUGAAUCCAGUGAAAAUCCUGUUUAUCUUUUUUAUGUAUAUUUGGGACCAACAGUGAAAAACAGAAAUUAGUCUUGAUAGACCUCUUUAAGUAAUGUAAAAAGUACAAUGAUUAGUCAUGUCACUUGCCACUUGAUAUUCUCAUUGUGAACCAUAGGGAAUUAAGGAAAUAUAUUGUUUAUAAAUAGGGAUCUUUUCACUCUUAUGCAGCAUUGCAUUUCCAUCGAAUGAGUCUAGAGAAUAGAGAAUAGGCAAGGUAUUUUAGGAGAUGUGGAAGACACAUUUAUGAGUUCCCUCACUUUAUUUUUUUUGUGUAGAGAAGGUGUAAAUAAGAAUGGAGAACUUUAUGAAGCAAGAGAUAUAUUUGAAGCAUUUUGAUGAAAUUCUCUUCAAAAAUACAUCUUUUACUUUGUGAAAUUAUAUGUUCUGAUUUAUACUGUUUCUAAUUUAUCUCAAGGAACUUUUUAUUUAUUUUGCAAUAUACUAUGUCUUAAGAUAUACUCCUCUCAUUCAAUUAUUUAUAAAUAUUGAAGGGUUUGGAAGAAUAGUGUUGACAUAUUCUUUUUACUUAUUGGCUCCUUAUAUACGUAAGGAAAUAUAGAAAAAGAUGUUGACCAAAAAGUUAAGUUGAAAAGUAAUUUGACAGUGAAAAUGUGUAUUCAACUAUUUAGAUAUGUUUAUGCUGAUUCAUUGUAUUAGAACAGCCAUGUAGAGUCCAGAUAAUACCAGUUGUGUAGUGUGUAAGGCAAUGAAAGCCAGUAUGAAAUGUGCCAAGUUUUUGUUCUUCAUUUGUAUUAAUGAAUGAUAUAUUGUUUUUGUGAUGAUGCAUUUCUUUAUAUGAGGCAUAUAAAUUAAUUGGUUUAUUCAGUAGUGGUGCUGUGAGAUGCAUUUUUGUGCAUUUUGCCCUUUUGUAGGACAGUUAAACAAAAUUUGUAACACAUUUAGAUACUGAUUGGAUAUGAUUUUAGUUAUGUCUGAAAGGAGAAAAUGUGUGCAUAUUUUUGUAAGGUUUCAUCACAUGUUAUGUGUAGAAAUUUUUAGUAUUUUUUUGUCCCGUUUUUAAUUCACUGGUAUUUUACCUAAGAUAUAUGAGCAUUAGGUAUGUUCCUGUAGUUCAUGUUUUUGCUGAAUUUUCUAUUUUCCACUGUCCAAGCUCUCCUCACAGAUGAGGUUUGGUUGAAUGUUAAGCUUUUAAUUAACUUCUUUGCAUACACUGUCUUCAGAAGAGCUUCCUACCAGUUCUAUAGUUAGCUUAUAAUUGUUGAUGUUUCUUUAGAUGGCUGAAGUGUUGCACUAUUAAGAUUUUUUCCUGGCUGUUUAUUUAUUCCUAAGCCUUUGCUUAUAUAAAUCCCUAGGUGAAGUGGGAUGAGAGAUCUUUUGUAGUCUCUUAAAACUAAUACUAGCGGGGUGAAAGGACAUCCUUGCCUAUCCCAUCUUUUUUUCGAACAAAAUCAUUUUUAUUUGUAAUAAGAAAUAUUGUUAUGCUUUUAUAUAUUUCAUUAUUACAUAUAAUUGGGAGAUACUAGAACCUUGCUAAAUCUCUUUUACUGCCUAUUUGGUGAAGUAUGUGUACACUUCGGUUGUUUCUUGCACCAGCCGAUCUAGUCAUUUGAUCAACCAUUGAUACGAUGGGUUGAGUGCCCGGUUGAUUGCUUGGUGUGAGGAAUCAUUACUGCUCAGCUCUGUUUUAUGCGUCUACUCUGAAUCUGUACCUUAAGGCCCUACACUUGCCAUUACAGAAGGAUGCAUUACCUUGUUUUUUUUAUGUAGCCUUAUGACUGAAUACAUGGUCCAUACAAUGUAAAGGAUUGAAAUACAUGAAAACUUUGCUCUUAAUGUCAAGUUGUCUUACCUCCUUUUUUCAGAAAGCCCUUCAGGGUAUUACAUCAGAAUCAUUGCUUGAUAUUGAUGGUGUUCAGCAGACUUUUAAUGUAUAUAUUUCCUCAAUAACUUAUUUUCCAGUACAAUCAAGGACCUUCAUGGAGAAGCAUCCUGGAAGAGUAGAAAGUAUCACUUAGAAUGUGAGAAAUUCUGCUGAUAUACAUGUGACCAGUGAUACAAGAUACUGAUGAAAAGAAAUUACAAUCAUUGUAUCAUAUUUUCCUAGAUAUAUGUAGUGGCACUUUGUAGGUUGUACAGUGGUUGUAAAUAUCAAAGAUAAAUCUCAACUUUAACAAUUAUGUGUAUGAAUGAAGUGUACAAUUCUAGUAAGAGUGCAGGAUAGCACAUUGUCCAGAAAGAGAAAAAAGAGAGACCAAUGAGGAUAACUGAAUAGUGUAAAAAAUGAUGCUCAAAGUGGUCAGAGACAGUAUUACAUAACAUAAGAAUGCACUGAAACUUACCAAAGAGUUGUUUGUCAGAAGAGCAAGAUGGUGGUGGAAAGUGUUGGUGAUGUAGAUGAACUCUUUAGUAGUAGAAAAUCAACUGCCAUGAAAAGUUGAAGAAAAGGAAAGGUGGACUUUACUCCACAAUGGUAAAUAUAAAGUUUGUGAUGUGUCAAGGACUUUCAGCAGGAGAUGGGUGUUCCAUGGGCCUCAUAAUAAGUAAAAUGUGGCUCUUUGUUUCUACCUGUAAAAGUUGAAUUUACUUGCCUCAUCAUUCUGUGUGUAGCUUACUCACACCAGACAUCACUCCAAGUUGUUUUAUAUGAAGAUUCUUCUCAUAUAACAUCCUCCACUUGAGUAAGUAAUUUCAUUAGUGAAGAAAGGAAAAAAAGAAAUCAGGGCCAAAGAAAAAUAUUUGCUAAAUCUAAAAAGUGAAAAUGGAGGAUGUUAUACAUUUGUGUUUUAUGUGGUAAGUGUGAUAGUUGAAGUCAUAUAUAAUCUCCAUUGUACGUAUAUGUUGCCCCGGCCGUUCUGCAUGUGAGGGAUCUCUGUCACAAGGAAGUAACUUUAGCUCAACAUGAAUCUAAAAAUGAUGUAAACAUAAACAGAUUUAGUUUCAUGUAUGGUACCAUGCACUAAUAUAAAUCUGUAAAAAAAAGAAUAGAAGAAGAGAAUUUCCUGUUCUCUAUUUUUAAACACAUUUUUUGGAAUUACGGUUUUAAAUUAUUGUAUGCUUUCUUGUGGCUUUUUUUCCUCUUUCUUGCUGUAGGCUCUGCACCUCCAGGGUCGUCUGAAGGACUGGCAUUGCUCCAUGUCUUCAUGUCAGCUGUGCAAAAGCAGGAGAUAGUAUGUAAAGCACUGUAUUGUCUAUAAAAAAAAAGAAACAAAAACUCGCACACAACACAUUUUUAUCAGUGUGGUCAGUGAGAAAUGAAAUGGCAGGGUUAGCAUUUGUAUCUAUAUGAUAUCGAGGGAAUCUGCCGACUUGGUAUAUUGUUAGUGAUUGUGGAAUCAGUUUUUAGAGGGAUGAUGUAGGUUAAGUUAUAACAAGAGAUAUUACAAGUAUUAUAGGAUUUUAUUUAUGAGUUUAGAAGAGGAAAGAAAGGGAGUUUCAUAUAAGACUAUAUGUAAAUUGAAGCCAUGUAGCUUACUUAUGAAGCUGGCUUGGUGUCGUCCAAUAGUCUAGAUAUUUUUACAUUAUGAUGUGAUGAAAGUUCUUUUUAAUGGCAUUGAAUAUUUAGAUUAUAAGGAAUAUGUUGACAUUUAGUUCUGCUCUCAAGAUCUUAAAAUCACAGUCCAUUAGUAAUGUUAAAAUUAUUCAGUCAUAGUUUCAUGCUACAGAAAAGUGAAGAAUAGUUAAAAUGGAAAUACUUAAACUUUUCUAAAAUAUUCUGAGAAUAGAAAUAAUCUGAUCUUUUUGAGAAAGAACCAAAGUAUAAAAAACUUUUGGAGGGAUGGAGUUCGGUUAUGGCUGACUGUUCUAAUUUCUCUAAUUCAUUCCUUUUUGUAUUUUUGUAGAUACAAUAAAUCUGGAAGAGCAUUCUAACCCUGCCAUUUCUUCUCAACCAUUUUAAUACAGUAUACAUAUAAGAUAUAUGUAUAUCAAGAUUUUGUAUUAAUCAUGGAUCACUGAUAUCCAGUUGCAUAUUUGGUUGUGUACAAAUAACUGAUAAGACUGUUAAUGUUUUGUUUGGUGUCAGAUUUCAACUAGUCUUUUAUUACAGUACUCAUAGAUGUAGACGACUUUUAACUUGAAUGGGCCAGAGAAGUAUUUUCAUGAUAUCACUGUGGAUCACCUUUCAAGUCCGGAAUUGUUUGUUGCAUGUGCCUCUGAAGUAUUUCCUUGGCCUGAUUAGAAUUGCAUCAUUAUUAUACUGUAAUUAUAUAUAAUGGUGUUUUUUCACAAGGGGAGGGUGAGGAGAAUGUAAUUUUGCAAACAUAUUUUUCAUAUUGUUGUAUGUGCCUUUAGUGAUUUUGAAAGAGAAAAGUCUCUUUUUCCACUAUUGAUGCUGACAACACUAAUGAUAUGUCUGUGAAAUGAAUAACUGAUUUAGGUUUAUCUACAUCAAAGCUUUUCCUGUUUCCUUUGUACAAACAUACGUAUGUUAAUACAUACAUACAUAAUAUGUAUAUAUACACAUGUAUAAACAAACACAACCACAAAAACAAAUAAAUUAGUACACAUACAAACAAAGAAACACGGACAAACUAGCAGACAGACACAGACACAGACACACACACACACACACACACACACACACACACACACACACACACACACACACACACACACACACACACACACACACACACACACUCUCUCUCUCUCUCUCUCUCUCUCUCUCUCUCUCUCUCUCUCUCUCUCUCUCU